AUGGCGCCAAGAGGCAAGAAGACCAGGGCCAAGAACGUGACCAAGAAGAAAAACAGCAUUGCAGAUGUUGCUGGCGAUUUGACGCAGAAUGCAGAGACAGUUUCACCUUCCCUGCCGGAGAAAGAUAUCAGCAAGAACUACUUUCGCCGCCUUCCAAUUGAGAUACGUCAAAUGAUCUACGCCUUGGCUGUCAUCGAUCAAGACGUUAUUGAGCCACUUCAGGUUGAAAACCGAUCAAACAAGUUCUGCGGAGGUCAAACCGCUGCAAAGGCCUUUUCCAGUCUGCUCUUAACCUGCCGGAUGUUUCGUGAGGAACUUCAGGAUCGCCCUGACUUCUACCAGGAAAACACUUUUCGAUUUAAUAGUUAUCAGAAUUUGGCUACCUUCCUGGCAGCCUUGUCUCCAGCUCAUCGUUCCAUGGUUCGCAACAUUCGCUUUGCGAUAAAAGGAUGGAGACCUCCCUGCGAACUCAAGUUCCUGCAAUCGGCAGCAACAUUGCUCUCUCACUGCACCUCAUUCCGGUCACUUAGCAUAAUUGCUUCUGUCAAUGUCGCAGGCACAGGCCCAGGACUUAUACCGCAUGCCUACUUCGCAUUUCUACUUAGAGAGUUUCAGUCACUCUGUUCCAGUUCCAUGCAUCUAGGUGGGAAUGACUGGAGAAGACUGCGCACCCAGAGUGUGCAGCAUUUUGAGAUAUUGUUUGAGGGAUGGAGCCUCAAGCAGGGGCACCGGACGUUUCUUGUUGGCGGGUUGGGGGCCUCUGCCGAUCAUGGAAACCUCAGAUUCUCCGGAGAGCAAGGGUUCGUCGACACGGACGCUGGCCUGGUUGACUUGGUUCAACGUCUCAACAGUCACCUCUUGGAGUUGGGUACAUUCUGCAGGUCGAAAUACGUCAUCAACAAGCCAAUCUUUGGCAGACGUUUCCAGGAAGCACUGGUCUGCCUUGAACUGGACGUGUUUGGCGACAAUCGUGCUUGCCAGUCCCACCAGUCCUGUAUGGUAAGCCACGGAACCCGAAGCCGAACGCAAAGAGCGAAGCAACUGUCAUCGAACGGGGUGUUGCCGAGGGUUACAGAGAAUCCCAAGUACAUUGACACAUAUGAGAGCGAGGACAGUGAUUGCAUUUUCGACGAUUGA